AUGAGCGAUCGUCCACGGGUUCCCUAUCAGACUCAGCCGGAUGGUCCGCUUAGAUCUCCUCCACGCAGAGACCCUGAUAUAUCUCCACCUGGGGGAGGCUCCUCUAAGCCUUCACAUGCAGAUCCUCGUUCUCAAAGGGUCUCUUCUUCUUCUGGUCAGAAGGCUUCGUCUACCAAGAAAGGAGAUCCACCGAAGGGUCCUCUUGGCUCUAGGUAUGCUGUUAGCCGCACCUCUUAUCGUUCGCGUGACGAUUAUAGAGGUACGCACGCUCCUCCUCUUCAUAAUGAAGCAUUGGAUGUUCCGCCUCUUCGUUUUAUGGCUCCACCUUCAAUGCCCCAACAGAAUCCUCUGCCUCCUCCUCCAGCGGUCCCUUCCAAAGGGAAAUGCUCCAAGGCUACUGUGUCGAAGGUUGAUCCACCCAAGAGUCUUCCUUCCAAAAAGAAGGCUUCAGACUUGAGUCCUCCGAAGAAUCCUACGCCAGAUCCCGCUGACGAGGAAGACGCCGCCCCAGUAAUACGAAGCGUCUCAGUUGGUAAGAAGAAGGUCACAUUUAAGCAUAUUGAUCUUGAGCUGUUUAAGGAGAAACAUGAGCUCAAAGCCUUUGAUGUUCUCUUCUACGCUUUCGACGAUGAUACCACCUCGUGA